UCAACCCGUGACCAAGGAUCGGUUUAAAAGGUGUGGUUGUCGGCUAAUGGGCAUCUUCAGUGAGCAACCAGCCCACUGAGAGGUCCAAAAUGGCGUGGAAAUUUGGACUUCUUUGUUUAUUUGUGACCGUCGUCUUCGCUCAGGAUGACUACGGACGCAGUGGCCUAGCCAAUGCCCUUGCGAACGCCGAAGCACUCGCCAACGGCUACGGAGGCGGCAGUGCCAGCGCUGACGCAGAAGCAAACGCAUUAGCCAACGGAUUCGGAGGAGGCAGUGCGAGUGCCAACGCUCUUGCCAACGCCCUAGCUAACGGAGGACUCGGAGGAGCUAACGCCAAUGCUAAUGCUCUAGCAAACGCGUUAGCCAAUGGAGGAGCUGGAGGAGCUAGUGCGGACGCCAUCGCCAACGCAUUAGCCAAUGGAGGCGCCGGAGGCGCUAGCGCGAACGCUCUUGCUAAUGCUUUAGCCAAUGGAGGUGCAGGCGGAGCGAGCGCAGAUGCCCUCGCCAAUGCCCUGGCUAACGGUGGUGCUGGCAGCGCUAAUGCUCAAGCUAUUGCCGAUGCUAUUGCUAACGGAGGUGGUGGCAGCGCCAGUGCCGACGCUUACGCCAACGCUUUAGCCAACGGAGGUGCUGGAGGAGCCAGCGCUGAUGCCAUCGCCCAAGCCCUUGCUAACGCCGGAGCUGGAGGCAGUGCUAGUGCCGAUGCUAUUGCUAAUGCACUCGCUAAUGGUGGUGCUGGUGGUGCAAGUGCGGACGCAGUUGCCCAAGCUCUUGCAAACGCCGCAGGUGGUGGUAGCAGCGCUAGCGCUGAUGCCAUCGCGAACGCUCUCUCUGGUGGUGCUGGCGGUAGCGCCCAGGCUCAAGCUCUUGCCCAAGCUCUUGCUAACGGAGGUGCUGGUAGCGCCAGUGCUGAUGCCAUUGCCAACGCUUUAGCCAACGGAGGAGCUGGUAGCGCUAACGCACAAGCCCUCGCCCAAGCUCUUGCCAACGGUGCAGGCGGUGGCGCCAGUGCUGAUGCCAUUGCCAACGCUUUAGCCAACGGAGGAGCUGGUAGCGCUAGCGCUCAAGCCCUCGCCCAAGCUCUUGCCAACGGUGCAGGCGGUAGCGCCAGUGCUGAUGCCAUUGCCAACGCUUUAGCCAACGGUGGAGUUGGUGGCGCUAAUGCCCAAGCCAUUGCUCAGGCCCUUGCUAACGCUGCAGGAGGCAGUGCUAACGCCGACGCUUUGGCCAACGCUCUUGCCAACGGAGGAGCCGGAGGAGCCAGCGCUGAUGCCAUCGCCCAAGCACUUGCUAACGCAGCUGGAGGCAGUGCCAGUGCCGAUGCUUAUGCUAAUGCCCUCGCUAAUGGAGGAGCCGGCGGCAGCGCCCAAGCCCAAGCCAUUGCCCAGGCUCUCGCCAACGCCGCCGGCGGCAGCGCUAGCGCUCAAGCCAUGGCCCAAGCUCUCGCGGACGCUGAACCUGGCAGUGCUAGUGCCUCAGCCCUAGCUCAAGCUCUCGCAAGCGCUGCAGGAGGCAGUGCCCAAGCUCAAGCUCUUGCUCAAGCUCUCGCUAACACUAGAGGCGGUGGCGCUAGCGCUAGCGCUCAAGCGCUUGCCCAAGCUCUCGUUAACGCCGCUGGAGGGACUUCAAGUGCCCAAGCCAUGGCACAAGCCCUCGCAAACGCUGAACCCGGUAGUGCUCAAGCUUCAGCUCUAGCUCAAGCUCUCGCUAAUGCUGCAGGUGGAACCGCUGAAGCUCAAGCUCUUGCGAACGCUCUUGCGAGCACUAGAUCAGGUGGUGGUGCUAGCGCUAGCGCUCAAGCUCUCGCCCAAGCCCUCGCUAACGCUGCAGGUGGCAGUGCUACCGCUCAAGCUUUGGCUCAAGCUUUAGCUGAUGCUGAUGCAGGUAGCGCAAGCGCUCAAACUCUGGCCCAAGCUCUCGUAAACGCUGCAGGUGGUAGUGCACAGGCACAAGCUAUUGCCCAAGCUCUUGCAAACUCACGAAGUGGUGGCGGUAGCGCUUCAGCUCUGGCUGAAGCGUUAGCCAGCGCUGUUGGUGGCAGCGCAAGCGCCCAAGCGGUCGCACAGGCCCUCGCAAGUGCCGCAGGAGGCAGCGCGCAAGCGCAAGCUCUUGCUCAAGCAACUGCAAGUGCUGCCCCUGGCAGUGCAAGCGCCCAAGCUCUCGCCCAAGCCCUAGCUAGCGCUGCAGGCGGCAGUGCCACGGCUCAAGCUCUCGCCUCAGCCCUCGCAAACGCCGGCGGCGCCAAUGCCAGCGCCCAAGCUAUCGCUAAUGCCCUCGCUAUUGGAGGCAGCGCCGAUGCCACCGCAAUUGCAAACGCAAACGCGCACUCAACCGGAUUCAUACCUCCUCCUCCACCCGCUCAAUGCUCGUACAAUGGCCAGAUGAUAGUAAGAGUAGUCCCUGGUACGGAAAAAUACAUUCCUUGUCCCGCUGUCGAGGUCUGUGGAUGCUUCCAGACGCCAAUAGGUAGUCUCUACCUCAGCUGCCGGCGAUGCCCCGCCUGUGUUCCUCGUGAUCCGAGACACGCUUCACUACCUACAAUUUUGCCCAUAAGUCCAUUUUUACCAGUACCACCUCGCCCAGCUCCCAUUCCGAUUCCGGAUGUAAUACCGUUUCCGAGACCGACUCCAGGACCCACGCCGAUUCCGGUGCCGAUACCAAGACCGAUCCCCAUACCGUGGUGCCCACCACCAACCAUAAUCCCUGGCCCACCCCGACCAUACCCAGUACCGGUUCCAGUCCCGAGCAAACCCGUCGUGAUCCCGGUACCAGUCCCGGUCCCAUCUCCGCCGAAGACGAUCUACGUCCCCGGCCCAGUAGUGAGGGUCCCAGUACAAGUGAGAGUACCCGUGCCAGUACCGCAGCCCUACCCAGUACCAUCCCCGCCUAAGAUCAUCAGAGUCCCGUACCCGGUCCCAGGCCCAGUUGAAAAGAUAUACGUGAAAGUACCGGUACCAUCCCCGCCCAUCAGAAUACCUGUCUUCGUUCCUGGUCCGCAGAGAGAUGUUCCGGUACCUGUACCGGUACCGUCACCCCCCGUCCGCGUUCCGUAUCCGGUUAACAGAUAUAUCACUGUUCCUGGCCCGAAAGUACUUGUUCCUGUACCCGUUCCCGUGAUCAGAAACAAAGUCUUCCCGGUACCCGUCGUCAUAUACGUAGCCCCCGAAUGCAGGUCCCACGAACCGAACGUACCGUUCCCGAAACCUGGCGACUCUUGCGUCAUCCUUACUUGCCGCGUCAAAUACAACUACAUCUACAUCGAGAGCUACAGAAUCCCUGGCUGUGGAAUUCCAGUCCCAGCCCCACUGCCGCAACCCACUCCUAUAUGGAUCCCCUCUGAGGCUCAAGCUCAAGCUCAAGCCCAAGCCCAAGCUCAGACUCAAGGUGGCGGAUGGGGAGGCAGCUCAGCUGAAGCUCAGGCUCAGGCCCAAGCUCUAGCCAACGGCUACGGAGGUUCAGCUGACGCUCAAGCCCAAGCUCAAGCUCUAGCUGCUGGUCUCGGAGGCGGUUCCGCUGAAUCUCAGGCACAGGCUCAGGCUCUCGCUCAAGGUCUCGGAGGUGCCGGAGGUUCAGCUCAAGCUCAAGCUCAAGCACUCGCUCAAGCCCUAGGCUUAGGUGGUGCUGGUGGUGCAGCUGACGCUCAAGCUCAGGCACAAGCACAAGCCCUUGCUCAUGGUCUCGGAGGUGCCGGAGGUUCAGCUCAAGCUCAAGCUCAAGCACUCGCUCAAGCUCUAGGCUUAGGUGGUGCUGGUGGUUCAGCUGACGCUCAAGCUCAGGCACAAGCUCUUGCUCAAGGUCUCGGAGGUGCUGGAGGUUCAGCUCAAGCCCAAGCUCAAGCGCUAGCUCAAGCCCUAGGUUUAGGUGGUGCUGGUGGUGCGGCUGACGCUCAAGCUCAGGCUCAGGCUCUAGCUAACGGACUUGGAGGCGGUAACGCUCAAUCUCAGGCUCAGGCUCAAGCUCAAGCAGCUGGACUAGGCGGAUGGGGUGGAGCUGAUGCUCAAGCUCAGGCUCAGGCUCAAACUCAGGCUCAAGGCUUAUUAGGAGGUUGGGGAGGUGGCGCGUCGCAAGCUCAGAGCCAAGCUCAGGCCCAGGCUCAAGCGGCAGCGCUCGCGCAAGCUUUAGCUCAAGCCCAAGGUAAAAAAAAAUCUUCUAUAGAAUUCCGCCGCCUAAUUUGGAUUGAUAAGAAUCGGGGUUUCUCCGUUCUGGCAGUGACAGAGACGGAAACUGAGAGGAAACUCAAUAAUAACAACUAA